UGCCGCGGGUUUGCAACAAUGGUAAGGGAAGAUGUAAAUGAUGGUGAAGAUUCUGAACCAUCAGUGUGUGAGAGAAAUGGCAUGAUUCCCAUGCAUGAGCAAAGUGAGCAGGAACCAACAGCAGGUGCCAAAGGUACUGAUGGGAAUGCACAAACAGAAGAAACUGCUCUCUUAAACCACUGCACUCAGCAACCUCCAGAGCCAACAGCAGGGUCUUCAAUACCUGCAAGAACAUGGAGGCAAAUAUUUGCUUGUCCUCCUCAGGGUUUACUGGCCCAAACAGUGACAAACGUUGCAUUUGUGGUUCUGGUUUGGGCAGUGGUUUGGUCCAUAACUGGGGCUGAGUGUCUCCCAGGUGGAAAUCUCUUUGGAAUUCUGUUUCUUUAUUUCUUUGCUGUCAUCGGAGGUAAAAUUUUUGGAUUCAUUAAAAUAGGAACACUACCCCCUCUCCCCGCUCUUCUGGGGAUGCUACUUGCUGGUUUCCUAAUCCGAAAUACCCCGUUCAUCAGUGACUUUGUCCAGAUAAACCUACGCUGGUCUGCAGCACUGAGGAACAUCGCUCUUUCCAUUAUCCUGACCCGAGCAGGACUCGGCCUGGAUCCAAAGGCUCUUAAGAAGCUCAAAGCUGUCUGUUUACGGCUUGCUUUUGGACCGUGCCUCUCAGAAACAGGCACAGCUGCUGUCCUUGCCUACUUGUUCCUGCAUUUGCCAUGGCAAUGGGGAUUUAUAUUAGGUUUUGUUCUAGGUGCAGUCUCCCCUGCUGUGGUGGUUCCCUCCAUGCUGAUUUUACAAGCUGGGGGAUACGGGGUGGAGAAAGGUGUCCCAACUUUGCUAAUGGCAGCUGGCAGCAUCGAUGACAUUCUGGCUAUCACAGGCUUCAACACUUGCCUUGGGAUGGCUUUCUCUUCUGGUUCUACUCUGUACAAUGUGCUCCGUGGAGUGCUGGAGGUCACUGUUGGAAUAGCAGCUGGGGGAAUUCUGGGAAUGUUUAUUCGAUAUUUCCCAAGCCAUGAUCAGGCAUCUUUGGCAUGGAAGAGAUCAUAUUUUAUACUUGGACUGUCCAUGUUUGCUGUUUUUGGCAGCAUCUACUUUGGCUUCCCUGGAUCAGGAGGACUUUGCACAUUAGUCUUAGCUUUUGUUGCAGGUGUGGGAUGGUCUGAUGAAAAGAGAGAAAUAGAAAAAAUUGUGGCAGUUGCAUGGAAUAUCUUUCAACCUUUUCUUUUUGGUUUAAUUGGAGCAGAAGUAUCCAUUACAUCUCUUAGGCCUGAAACUGUUGGGCUCUGUGUUGCUAUAUUAGGCAUCGCCCUAGUUGUGCGAAUCAUAGCAACGUUCCUGAUGGUGUCCUUUGCUGGGUUUAAUUUCAAGGAGAAGGUAUUUGUCUCACUGGCAUGGAUUCCCAAAGCCACUGUCCAGGCUGCAAUAGGUUCUCUUGCCCUGGAUACAGCAAGACAACAUCAAGAUGAGCAAAAGGAAAAGUAUGGAAUGGAUGUACUGACAGUAGCUUUCUUGGCUAUCUUGAUCACUGCUCCAAUUGGAGCCCUGGUUAUCGGCUUGGCAGGGCCCAGACUUCUGCAGAAGGCUCAGACAAAGAGCAAGGAGGAUGAGGAAGGUGCAGAGGUUGGAGAAGAGGCAGAGGCCUGUGAACCUUCGUAAGACGGACAACUGCAGCAGUCUGGUCCUUCAACCCUGACACUUCUGCUGUGUAAAGAUGGCAUGUCUGAUCUUGCUGGAGGAACCUAAAACUAUCAGUCACCCCUGCUAUUUUUAAAGCAGCCCUGGUGGAGUUCUAUGAAAUAUUUUUAUGUGAAGAUGAUGCCUUGAGAUGAAAUAGCUGAACAUACAGUGAAUAAGAUGACCUGGCAGUGAGUCACUGAGAAGUUAGCAGUCAAGAGUUACUUGAAAUGUGUGGGUGGUAAGGCCAAGGAGAGGGUCAGAAUUGUUGAGGUGUGGAGUGGAGUCAUGAGGCAGAAUAUAAGCAAAAAAAAAUUGAGACUAAUGUGAAUAACUUCUUGAUGGUUGAAACUGGGCUGUGAGAUGACGAGUUAUACAACUCAAAGAAAGCAACUUCAAAGUAAGUGGUUGUUGACACAUAGUGAACAAGUCCUGCCAUCAGUUAGUUAAUGAUUGGUGAUUGAUCAGUUGGUGAUUCUCUCUCCUUCCUCAGUUGUGUUCCAAAACUUGUCUUUCCCUAUUGCUGUUCUUCCUCACAGCUGAUGCACUCCUUUGUGCCUUCAAGGACUGUCAGCUCUCGUCGUACAGCAACUGGUACUUACAUGCUCAAAGAGACA